UCCAGGCCCCCGACACCACUAGCCACGGGGUGAGGUGAAGCUACUUGUGAGUUACCUGCCCCUGGUGUAUGGAAGCAAGAUCCACCCAAUGUGGCUCUGCAGCUAACCUGUUGCCUUGGGACAGAUUCUGUGCCAGUCACAAUGGGAAGCAAAGAAGGGUUCGUCCUGCUCGGGCUCCUGCUCAUCCUGGCUGUCCUCUGCCGUUCAGGUCACAGCCUGCAGUGCUACUCCUGUAUUAACCCAGUGAAGACCUGCAAUAACAGCAUCACUUGUUCACACAAUUUUGACUCGUGUCUCUUGGUCAAAGCCGAGCCAGGAAGAUAUUACCACCAGUGUUGGAGGUUUGAGGACUGCAACUUCGAGUACAUUUCCAACACCUUAGGGGAGAAGCAGCUGAAGUACCAGUGCUGCCGGGAGGACUUGUGUAACAAGGACGGCGGGAUGAGCGCGUCAGGGAGAACAGCUCUGGUGCUGAUCCCGCUGCUGGCGGCAGCCUGGAACCUUUUUCUCUGA